CUUUGAGACUAUCAGAUUGUUUGCGUUUUCACCUGGACAUCCGACACCGGAUUACUACGCAACCACCGACGGUGUUUUUAACCGCAACCAACCAAAACCACUAUUCUCAACCACCGUACAAGUCAACAUCUCACAACAAAUAUAUAAAACCGUACGUACAUCGAUAACUCAACCUCGACCCGCCAAUCCGCCAUAGUCGCCGACACUUGCUCAGUGGCAAAUCAAUGGCGUCGCCACAGUACUAUCUCAAUACCCUCUUCUUCCUUCUACUUCUACCCCUGCUCAACCAAUUCACCACCACUGCCGUCGCCGCCGCUCAGGUGAACUCUAACUCCGUCCUUGUCGCGCUUCUUGAUUCCCGUUACACCGAGUUGGCGGAGCUCGUAGAGAAGGCGAUUCUGUUGCAAACCCUGGAAGAGGCUGUCGCCAUUCACAACAUUACCAUUUUUGCACCCAGAAAUGAAGCUUUGGAACGCGAGCUAGACCCGGAGUUCAAGCGGUUCCUUCUCGAACCCCGGAAUCUUCGAUCGCUUCAAAAGCUGAUCCUCCACCACAUCCUCCCUACUCGACUCGAUCUCUCACGGUGGCCGAAUGAAACUACACGCCAUGAUACGCUAUCGGAUGACCCCUUACAUCUUUCCAAUUCCGAGUCGUCGGUGAAGUUUGUUGGUUCUGCGGAGGUUGUUCGUGUGGAAGACGUUGUUCGAAACGAUGGAAUUAUCCACGGGAUUGGUCGGUUGUUGAUCCCAAAAUCCGUACAACAGGAUUUCAAUACUCGCCGGAGCUUGCGUUCCAUUUCUGCCGUUAAACCUGAGGGAGCACCGGAGGUGGAUCCCAGGACGAACAGAUUGAGAAAAAUGGCACCGCCUGUUCCUGUUGGUUCGGCCCCUGUUCUUCCCAUAUACUCCGCCAUGGCGCCUGGUCCUUCGUUGGCUCCGGCUCCUGCCCCCGGACCCGGAGGCCCUCGCCACCAUUUCGACGGCGAGAGUCAGGUCAAGGACUUCAUCCAUACGCUUCUACACUACGGAGGGUACAAUGAGAUGGCUGACAUUCUGGUGAAUCUGACAAAUUUGGCAACGGAAAUGGGGAAAUUAGUGUCAGAGGGAUACGUAUUAACGGUGCUGGCACCGAACGACGAAGCCAUGGCGAAAUUGACCACCGAUCAGUUGGCGGAGCCAGGUGCACCGGAGAGGAUCAUGUACUACCAUAUCGUACCGGAGUAUCAAACGGAAGAGAGUAUGUACAAUGCAGUAAGAAGAUUCGGGAAAAUUCAGUACGACACUCUUCACCUGCCGCAUAAGGUGAUGGCGCAGGAGGCCGAUGGGUCGGUAAAGUUCGGCGACGGCGAGGAAACUGCUUAUUUAUUCGAUCCCGACAUUUAUACCGACGGAAGAAUAUCGGUUCAGGGGAUUGAUGGGGUUUUAUUCCCGUCGACGACGGAGUCAGAUUUGAAGAAGACGAAGACUGCAGAAACGGUUGACCAUGUUAAGGUCAUUCCCAAAACUCGUAGAGGAAAGUUGCUGGAGGUAGCAUGCAAUGUACUUUGGAGCAUUGGGCAAGAUUCCAGUUUCACGACAUGCCACCAUAUUUGAUCACCCAAAAUUGCAGGGAAUCAAUUGUGUAAAGACAUAAAAGAAGGUGGAGGAGAUAGAGAUUUGUGAAGGAAAAGGAAGUAUCCUCGAAAUAUUUGGGUUUUGGGGUGUGAUUAGGAUUGUUUUUGUGUGUAUUUGGGGGAGGGGGUAAAAUGGUCAUUUGAUUUGGGAUAUAUCGAUCAGAUUUUUGAUGGGGUAUAGUCGGAAUAAGAUAUGGUGUGUAUUGGUGGCCGAAGAGAUGGGGAGUUGAUUCUGUGUUUUGUACGUGUAGGUUGGUCAAAGAGCAGCCUACCACUUGGAAAGUUGGAAGUAGGACCUCUCAAUAAAAGGAUCACACCCACAAAAUUUAUUUAGAAAA